ACGGCGUUCAUGACAGAGUAACGAUAAAAAAAAAAAAAACAGACAGACACACACACAAAAUACGAUUGCUUUCCUGUGUUUCUCUAGUUCUUAUAUUAUUCCUAGAGACUUUUAAAAGAAAGAAUAUUCUGUGAUGGCCAGAGGAGAAGGAGCUGAGCAGUUCUCCAACGCCAGCCUGCUGAGAAAAGGCGAGGCUAAUGAAGUCCAAACCGUUUGUGAGAAGGAGGAGAAAAGUCGGUUGUCGGUGUGCAAUAAGCUGUGUUAUGCUGUCGGAGGAGCGCCCUAUCAAAUCACAGGAUGUGCCUUGGGUUUUUUCCUCCAGAUCUAUCUCCUUGAUGUUGCGUUGCUGGAUCCAUUCUAUGCCUCCAUUAUUCUUUUUGUGGGACGAGCCUGGGAUGCCAUCACUGACCCCACAGUCGGAUUCCUGGUCAGCCGGACUCCGUGGACCAGAUUUGGGAGGAUGAUGCCAUGGAUUAUGCUGUCCACCCCGUUUGCAGUCAUAUCCUACUUUCUCAUCUGGUACGUGCCUCCUGUUGAUCAAGGCAAAGUCUUCUGGUACCUCGUCUUCUACUGCCUCUUCCAGACACUGCAAACGUGUUUUCAUGUGCCAUACUCGGCUCUGACCAUGUUUAUCAGUUCGGAUCAGAAGGAGAGAGAUUCAGCCACAGCCUAUCGUAUGACUGUGGAAGUCUUGGGAACAGUCAUCGGCACCGGAAUCCAAGGUCAGAUCGUGGGGAUGGCCAAUGCUCCCUGCAUACCGGUUGCAAAUGAUCUCAACAACUCCUCUCUGAAUGCUGAAUCUGAAGUUAACGCCAGUCUGCCACAAAUUUCCCUGGAACACACAAGACAGGCUUACAUGAUUGCCUCAGGAGUUAUUUGUGCCAUAUACGUCCUUUGUGCGAUCACGCUCUUCUGCGGUGUGAAGGAAUGUAAAGAACGCUCAAAGGUCAGAACGGACCGUGUGUCCUUCUUCCGAGGCAUCUGUCUAGUAAUGGGCCAUGGACCAUAUGCCAAGCUGGUGAUGGGCUUCCUCUUCACCUCUCUGGCUUUUAUGCUCCUGGAGGGCAACUUUGCUCUGUUCUGUUCCUACACCCUAGGCUUCAGGGAUGACUUUCAGAAUGUCCUACUGGUUGUCAUGUUCUCCGCCACUCUCGCCAUCCCAUUCUGGCAGUGGUUUCUUACUCGAUUCGGAAAGAAAACCGCCGUCUAUGUUGGGACUACAAUCGCGAUUCCAUUUAUGAUCAUGGUGGUGCUGUUGAAAAGCAAUCUCAUCGUCACGUACGUCAUCGCCUUUGCCUCUGGAGUCAGCAUUGCGGCUGCCUUCCUCCUACCCUGGUCCAUGCUUCCUGACGUGGUCGAUGACUUCAAAGUGCUGAAUCCUGAGUCUCAAGGACACGAAGCCAUCUUCUACUCCUUCUAUGUGUUCUUCACGAAGUUCGCCUCCGGUGUUUCUUUGGGAAUUUCAACACUAAGCCUUGAUUUUGCCGGUUAUGUAACGAGAGGAUGCACGCAGCCAGAAGCGGUAGAUCUUACGUUGAAGAUUCUGAUCUCUGCUGCUCCAGUUGCACUAAUCAUCAUCGGGCUGCUCAUAUUUCUUUCUUAUCCAAUAAACGAAGAGAGAAGGCAGGGAAACCGCAAACUUCUCAACGAGCAAAGGGAGCUGGAGUCGGACGCAGACUCGUCAGAAACCGAGCUGGUCAAUGUAAUGUAAUGAAACGUCACCAAACUCUAAAGAUGGCCUACGACCAAAUAAAAGAACCUCGGAGGCAAAUGAAUUGACACAGAGCCAUUCUAGCCUAUCGUGUUUACCCGGAUGUGUUCACAUGACUUCUAGAGGAGGAUCUGAAAGAUCCAGGUCACCUUGCCUUUAGUGUCUGAAAAGAUGCUUAACCACAUGCAAGUCCAAACUAUGUUGUUUUUUUUCUUCCUUUUAAACUUGCACAAAAGCUUGAAAUGUGAUCCCGCCUGCAUUAAUUCUACUUGCCAGAAUGGGGCUAAAAAAAAAAAGUGUCCUGAACUUGAAAAGCACAAGGCACUCGCACUGCACUAACACGUUCUCCACCUGGCUGGUGGUGUGAGGAAACUUCAUGUUAGCGUUCUUUUUGAAAACCAAGUGUUUCUUCAAAUCCAGGGUACCUCUUUUUAAUACAAGAACCAAGUUUAUAUAUAUCAAGGAAUAAUUAUUGUAGUGUUACCAAAUAUGAGCAGUAUACUACACUACAUUAUUACAGUGUCAAAAAAUGAAGAAGUAAAGUGUGUCUGUGGGGGUUGGGGGUGCGGUUGUUUUUGUGCGUGUGUGAAUAACUGCAUGUUUAAUUUUAAUCCUUUCUGCGAUUUGAAAAGAGUACACUGUCAGUCUAGCUUAGGCUCCAUAACAUUUAAUGUCAAAAAGCACAAAAAAGUGCAACGUGCAAAAGGCACUUGUGGGAUUUAAAUAAAAGUUUAAACGGCACCCUGCUGGGGGGCAAAAUUUCCAUUAAAGAAGUUUUACUCUAUUUCUUUUACCAGUGUAAAAAAAUGUCAUUGGUGUAUUGACUUGGACAGUGUUGCUUGUGAGAAAUCUAUUGUCUCCAAAGUGGCGAGAAUGAAGCUCUUUAUUUAUUUAAUAUUUUAAUAUUGUGCUGAGUUGGUUAUUUAAACAUCUGUGUAAUGCCUCUUACAGGGAAAGGGAGGGGGAAAAAAGCUCUCUGAGCUAAUUCAUGUCUCUACAUUUAAGGUUCUUGUGGUGUCUCCAUUACUGUUUCGAUGCAUUGGUCCUCCAUUUAUGUGAGAAUCUUCUAUCUCUCCAGACGUUUUCAUGCAAGCAUAAGGGAAGCACUAGUGUUUUAUUUAAGUAUUGUUGUAAAGGAGAACGGUAUCUGUUCAUGUUGUAAUUUUGUAAAUAAAAUAUGGACCGAUAAGGAAAGCAUUUGCAGUGACCGUUAAAAGCCAAAUUUUGGAUUUGAUCCUAAAAUGCAGUUUGUGUGUGGUUUUUUUUUUUUUUUUUUAAUGUUUGGAUAUUUCAUAUGUCAUACAUAUAUCAAUGUAUCUACAUUUGAUGCAGAAUCUCUUUAAAGGUUAUUUAGUUUUUGUUGUUUUGGACCAGUGAUAAGGUCCAUACUAGUUUACUGCUAGAAGCAAUUCCACUGAGGUCUAUUGUACAUAUUUAUUUGUAAAAAAUGUAUAUGACAUUUGUACAGUGAUUAUGAAAAGAACUUGUUUGCUUAUUUAAUUCCUUUGCAAAUGAAAUUAUUAAUAAAUGCUAAUAAACUCAA